GAUUUUCGUAAAUCUCGUAAGUAAACGAAUAUAUAAUACCCGGGUUGUAGCGCACUCGGCUGAGACGCUUUUAUGCAAUGCAGUAGAAGUCUUCAAUAAUAUAAGACCUAGUUAUUAGUGACAACAUUCAUACAGAGGAGAAGGAAGGAAAAAUAAAAAAGAUGAAGAUACUUCUUUUUUGCAUGUUCUACGGAAUUGCACACUGUGCCGAAUGGUCAUAUGCAGGCAACAGUGGCGUGGAGUACUGGCCAGAAAGGACUGGCACAUUUUGUAAUCAGGAAAGGCAAUCGCCGAUUGACAUACCAUGGACACUUCAGUACCAAAACUUUGACCCCUUUGUACUGACGGGGUACAACAACAUGGCGACUUACGGGCUGAAGCUAAAGAACAAUGGACACACAGCACAAAUUGACAUCGCGGCUGCAAGUUUAAAUCAGACCUAUGUGACCGGUGGUGGUCUUGACGGAAAAUACAUUGCCGUACAGUUACACUUUCAUUGGGGUAGGAACGAUGACGAAGGGUCGGAGCAUACAUUCAGGGGUCAAAAGCACCCACUGGAGUUACAUAUAGUACACUAUAAACACGAGUAUGGAUCUCUGUCAGAAGCUGUAAAACAUGGUGACGGACUGGCAGUCCUCGGCUUCUUUUUUACGACAAAAGAUGCAAAAGACAAUGAAAAUCUGGCACCUCUCAUAAACAGUCUCGACAGUGUUUCCUUUAAAGAUGGGAAGGUGCCGAUCGGUAUCGACUUUGAGGACCUAAUGCCGUCCACUCAUCAACAUUUCUACAGAUACAUGGGUAGUUUGACCACCCCAGAAUGUAACGAAGUUGUCGUCUGGACUGUGUUUGAUACUCCCAAUACUAUAUCUUCUGCCCAGCUCGCAAAGUUCCGACAACUGUAUGAAAAAAAAGAGAAUGAGAAAAACGAACACAUUACAUGGAACUACAGGCCGACACAGAAACUGUUUGGUAGAACAGUAUACAAGACUUUCGAGACCGAUAUUCCACCUUCCUGGCAUUGGAGUUACGAGGGUGUUGAAGGAGCAGCUUACUGGAAGAAUUAUUACCAAACAUGCAGCGGAGACCGCCAGUCCCCUAUUGACGUACCUACUGGGGAUCACCUAGAACCAUAUGAUCCCAACUUGAAUCUGGAAUCCCUCGAGUUCGUGAACUAUGACAAGCUCAUCACUGGAAAGAUUUUGAACAAUGGACACACCGUGCAAGUGAACAUUGAUAGGGAUGACAUAAAACUGAGGCACGGUGGUCUAAGUGGUGAUUAUAUCGCUGCACAGUUCCACUUUCACUGGGGACAUAACAAUCAAGAGGGAUCUGAACAUACUCAUGAAGGCAAAGCUUAUCCACUUGAAAUGCACAUUGUCCAUUAUAAAGAGGAAUACAGGGAUUUGGCAGGAGCAGCUGUAAAGCCUGAUGGAUUAGCAGUUGUUGGAGUUUUUAUUCAGGGUGGUGGCGCCAUUUUGAACAACAACUAUGAAACAAUCGUAUCUAAACUGCCUGAUGUAAAAUAUAAGGAUGCAGAGGAAGCUAUCAGUGGGUUCAAUCUUAAGCAACUUAUAAAUAAAGACCUCAAACUUAACGCAACAACAGGACUCCACACGAGUUACUACCGAUACUUGGGCAGUCUCACAACACCCCCUUGUUCGCCAAUCGUGACUUGGUCCGUAUUGAAAUUCCCUGUUCAAAUCAGCCAAGAGCAGAUUGAUGCAUUCAGGAAUGUCACCCACAUUACCAGUGGCCCCGCCGGACAGCACGACUUCAUCAAGAAAAACUUCAGGCCUGUACAGGACCUAGCACAAAGGAAAGUUUACCAGAGUUUCCCGGGUACAACCACAGCUGGUUCUUCUGGUAUUUUACCCAGCAUGCUCUCCAUGAUGGCCAUCUUUGCGAUGACUGUUCUACUAUAAUGAGACACUGGCAUAGAUUUAUAUUUAAAACGAAUCGCUUUAUGACCGGAAGUAAGAGAAACCAUUUGUAUUUUUAUGUUAUAUUGUCUUGACAAGUCCUGAUAAAAUGAAGUAAACACCUUAUUUUUCCCAAAGUUUUAUGAAUCAGUAAGCUGAAAUUAUUACUAAAUAUGAACUAUAUGAAUUGUCUGUUUCAUGACGUAACAUACUUAGUCCGUUUUGGAAUGAAGUGUUUAAUUUGAACUGCGGUUAUUUAUAUAAAAUGGCUGUAUGGCAAAAUAUAUAUUUUCAAGCAAGUUGAAAAUAUUUGAAUGUCAAUUGUAUUGUCACAAAUUGUGUUUCUAUAUACAUUCUGUCAUAUUUUGACAAAUUAUAUCAAAAUAAAAUCAUGAAUAGAAAACUCAUUUUAGUGUACAGUGUUGUCAUGCAAAAUGAGUGCUAAAUAGAUCUAGGUUAAAAGUACAUCAUUUCUAUGAAUAUCUUCAUGAUUAUGUCAAGACAAGAAAAUAAAAUCGGGAGGAACUUGUUUAGAAUGUUUUUUCUUGCCAGCAUUGUAAUUUUUAGCAUAAAACAAGUAUAAUGUGUACCAUAUGGUUAAAGUCCAAGAAAUUUCACACAAAAAUGCAUGCAUGUAUCUCUGUUUCAAGAUGUGCACUUUGCUCAAUAUUGGUAGACUAUUGAUACAACGGUAGAACAAAUACAUCCAUUAGCUGUUAAAGAAUAGUAUUUAUAUUAGGGUCAGUUGUUUUUUCUUUGUUCUUUUUUUUAAAUAUAUAUAUAUAUAUUUUUUUUUCAUCUAAUCAAAAUUGUAUGUGCUCAUAUAUACCAAAUGUAUAUUUUAUAAUAUGUGUAUGGGUGUGAUACUUUUAUGGAAUGUGACAUCAUUCAGUGAGAAAACACGUUAUGAUAUUUUUUUAAAGGUAUACUAGACACAAAUUAUUUCAAAGUUGAAAAUAUGAGAGAUACAACAGCUAGCUUCAUAUGUAAAUAUUUUAAUAUUACGAAGUUUAUAUGCGUUAACAGUACUAUAUAUCAGAUUUAAAUCAUUACAUAUACAAAAGGUGUAUAUGUAAACACAGUACAGUGUAACUUCCUAAAACCGAACGACUUCCGGACCAGCCUAAAAGUUUGGUAUUUGGAAGUUUCCGGAAUUCAGAAGUUUGGAAAUUUGCAGGCAAAGCAGACGGGGUGCACUAGAGUUAUCUUUUCUUACACAUAGGAUGAAAGAGAUUAUUAUCUUUUAGGUAACUGUACAAGAUUGUAUAAAGUAAUCAAUUAAUAUAUUAAUGAAUUAAUUACAAACAUUAAGGAUAAUCAAGUACAGUGCAUUCGCGAUGCUACGAAUCGCAAUUUAACGAAAUACUGGUAUACUACGAAAAGGUGUUGUGGUCCCGGCUGCUUUUCUUCUUAUUUCUAUGUUACAAAGUCGCGGUGUUACGAAAAUGCAAUUUAACGAAAAAUGCGCUCCUACGAAUGUAUUGUUAUGCCCUUAAAGCCUGUUUUCAACUUGUUUUAGUUGCGAUUUUACGAAUACCUGUAUUGUCUAAGUUUUCACACCUUCCAUAACGGCGUGAAAACACUUUAGAGUGGAAAAUGUCACUAUCAUUUAUCUGGACGUAAACAAUAAUUAAAGUGUGAAAACGUAGUAAUUAAAUUCGAAACACAUACGCUGUACACUAUGAGACAAGUUAGUGGUUAAUUUUUUCUCCUAGAACUAUCAGAUCGGAUGGCAUACCAGUCACACUUGCUUCGAUAUCUAUACGUCUCAAACAAUCAUUGCAUAAAGAAUAUUUAAGUCCUGAUCGUCUGUAUAAUGUCGUUUUGUUAUUCUGAACUAUUCAAUAAAGGGUAACUGAGGGUAUCGGAAUAUGCAAUUGCGAUUUGUGUUCUCGUGUAACAAUG